AACAAAAAGCCACACACCUGGCCWGGUGAGCUUAGUGACAGCUCUUCCAGCUGACUCUCGGCAGUAAUGUGACUCUGGUSUCCAUCCAUUCAGUUGAGGAAACUCGGAAAUAAAAGUUCUUCUAGAAGAUUUUUUUUUCCUCCUGUCAGCUGCUCUUUGACGAUCUUCGAUUAUGGAUAAACUAAAAUCGGUUUUAAGUGGUGAAGAGUCGAGAAGAGACGACCGGACCGUUUUACAGACCAUGGACAAAGCCACGUCUUUAAGCUGGGCCACGCGGAUAAAAGGAUUCGUCGCGUGCUUCGUGAUUGGAGCUGCGUGCACAAUUUUGGGAGUAUGUGUCCUUUUUCUGCCCAGGAUUGGUAUCACUCUCUUCAUUGUCUUCUACUCCUUUGGAAACAUUUGUGCUCUUUGCAGCACCAUGUUCCUGAUGGGCCCGGUGAAGCAGCUGAAGAGAAUGUGUGAUAAAACAAGAGCUCUGGCCACCACCAUCAUGCUGACAUGCCUGGUUCUGACUCUCUGUGCAGCUUUUUGGUGGAAGAACUUUGGACUCGCUCUGCUGUUUGUCAUUUUGCAAGUCUUGUCCUUCACCUGGUACAGUCUGUCAUACAUCCCAUGUGUGAGGGAGGCGAUCCUGAAGCUUGUGUCAAUGUGCAUAAAGUGACCUGUGUGUUUUGACCUGAAGGUUUAAACUGAAGUAUUUUUUUUUAAACAAAGAACAAGCCUCUUACUGGAGCCGCUGAAACAACCCAGUUAAUCUGGUUUUAUAAUGUUAAACACUUUUUUUAAAAUCUCAGAUUUUACAAGGUUUUUUUAGACUAACGAGCUGAUUGAUUUCUUAGUAAAAUAUCUAUUUAUCCAUUUUAAGCAAAUCACAAGUGAUUUUUUGUGUACAAUGUGCAAAUAUCUGUAAUAUAUUAAAGCUGUCAUCAACUAA